AUGGCAUCUGCAGAGUAUCUCCAGGCUUCAUCAACCGGCUUCAAAGACGCCAAAGCCUAUGAUACGCACCGGCCGUCUUACCCUUCAGAGGCAGUCCAGAGCCUCUUGACCCAUCUUGGCGUGGCGGGCAAUUCCAAUGCAAGGAUCAUCGACCUGGCAGCCGGCACGGGCAAGUUCACUGAGCUGUUGUCCGCGCGGCCAGAGGAAUAUGAGAUCCUGGCCGUAGAGCCGACGGAGUCGAUGAGGGAGACGUUGCUCGAGAAAGGGCUGAAGGGAGUCGAGGUGAAGGAGGGGACUGCAGAGAAGAUGGAUGUUGAGGAUGCGUGGGCAGAUGGAAUUGUGGUGGCUCAGGCGUUUCACUGGUUUGCGAAUGAGGUUGCGCUGGCAGAAAUCCAUCGAGUGCUGAAACCAGGAGGCACACUGGCUUUAAUCUGGAACGUGGAAGAUUAUAACAAGCCAGCAUCGUGGCCGGCAGGCAGCAAGUGGGAGCAGACACUCAACGCCCGCAUCUUCGCGCUGCCCGACUUUGGGCCCCCAAGGUUCCGGAACAACGACUGGCCGCGUGUGUUUGACCGCCAGGCCGAGUUUGCGAAGCCCUUGUUCUCGACGCCAAUUGGGGAAGAGAAGCUCCCGUGGACGGUUUGGCUGGAAAAGAGCGCGGUGUGGAACCGUGUUAACACGCUGAGCCAUGUGUUUGCCUUGGAGGGCGAAGAUAAGGUUGCGUUCAAGGCACAGUUUGAUGAGGAAGUGAACGAGACUAAUGGCGAGUUCAAUGAAAAGGGCGAGGUGCUCGUGCAUGGAAGGACGCUGUUGGCAUGGAGUAAGAAGCUGUGA